CAUUCGUCAUUUCAUCGUUUCGCACGCACGACGCUGGUGUAUUUCUCCUUUGUGUGCGCAAUUUCGUUAUAUGUUGUAAAAUAUAGUUUAACAAGCAGAAUCAAAAUCGUAAUAGCCAACGUGAUAUUAUUAUUUAAUUAAAUAGAAAUAACAAACAACAUGGAAGUCACCGACGCCAAUUUGCAAUUGCUUGCCGGUUAUUUGCAACAGACGCUCAGCGCGGAUCCCAAUGUCCGCAGGCCCUCGGAAAAGUUGCUGGAGUCAACGGAAGGGCAACAGAACUAUCCAGUGCUGUUGCUCAAUCUGAUAGACAAGGCCAGCAUGGACAUGACCAUAAGGGUGGCGGGCGCCAUUGCAUUCAAGAACUAUGUGAAACGCAACUGGGCCGCUCACGAGGAUAGCGAUGAGCCCGAUCGCAUACACGAAAGUGAUCGCAAUACGAUCAAAACUUUGAUUGUCACAUUGAUGUUGCACUCACCGACGGCGUUGCAGAAGCAACUGAGCGAUGCGGUGAGCAUUAUUGGUAAACAUGAUUUUCCCAAGAAAUGGCCCCAAUUGAUUGACGAAAUGGUUGAGAAAUUUGCCUCGGGCGAUUUCAAUGUUAUCAACGGCAUAUUGCAAACGGCGCAUUCGCUAUUUAAACGUUAUCGCUUUGAAUUUAAAUCACAAUCGUUGUGGGAAGAAAUCAAAUUUGUGCUGGAUCGCAUGGCCAAGCCGUUGACGGAUCUAUUGCAGGCCACAAUGCAGUUGAGAACAAUGCACGAGGGCAAUCCGGAGGCCUUGAAGGUCAUUUAUAGCUCAUUGGUGCUGGUCAACAAGGUGUUCUUCUCGCUCAACUCGCAGGAUCUGCCCGAGUUCUUUGAGGACAACAUGAACACUUGGAUGGGCGCCUUCCUGCAACAACUGGCAGUGGAUGUGGCCAGUCUACGCACCGAUGAUGACGAGGAUGCUGGUGUCUUGGAGCAUUUACGCUCUCAGGUCUGUGAGAACAUUUGUCUCUAUGCCCGCAAAUACGAUGAGGAAUUCAAACCGUACAUGGAACAGUUUGUCACUGCUGUCUGGGAGCUGCUGGUGAAGACCAGUCUGCACACAAAAUACGAUGCGCUCGUUUCGAAUGCGCUGCAAUUUCUAUCUGUGGUUGCUGAACGCAAGCAUUACCAUGGAAUCUUUGAGAAUCCGGAGAUAUUGGCCCGCAUUUGCGAGAAGGUUGUUAUACCCAAUCUGGACAUUAGACCUUCGGACGAGGAGCUCUUCGAGGAUAGCCCAGAUGAGUAUAUCCGCCGUGACAUUGAGGGCUCCGAUAUAGAUACUCGUCGAAGGGCCGCCUGUGAUUUGGUCAAAACACUUUCCAUCAACUUUGAGCAAAAGAUCUUUGGCAUUUUUGGUCAAUAUAUGGAAAUCUUGCUGGCCAAGUAUAAAGAGAAUCCGGCUACCAAUUGGCGUGCCAAGGAUACGGCCAUUUAUUUGGUCACAUCAUGGGCAUCGCGCGGAGGCACACAAAAGCAUGGCGUAACCCAGAGCUCGGAGCUGGUGCCAUUGCCACAAUUCUGUGCCGAGCACAUUGUGCCCGAACUGCAGAGACCCAAUGUCAAUGAACUUCCAGUUCUAAAAGCAGCUGCCAUCAAAUAUGUCAUGGUCUUCCGAAGUCUGUUGGGACCGCAGACACUGGCGGGCUGUUUACCACAACUUAUACGUCAUCUGCCCGCCGAGAGCAUUGUGGUGCACAGUUAUGCGGCCUGCUCACUGGAGAAGAUAUUGACCAUGCGGGAUGCAAGCAAUGCGCUCUUGUUUGGACCACAGAUACUUACACCACACUCGAAUCAAUUGGUCAGUGGACUGUUUGCCACGCUCGCACUCUCGGGAUCCGCCGAGAACGAAUAUGUGAUGAAGGCCAUCAUGCGCAGUUUCCAUGUUUUGCAAGCAGGCGCCAUGCCUUUUAUGGCCGUUGCAUUGCCACGCCUCACCGAGAUUCUCACAUUCGUGGCUAAGAAUCCAUCGCGUCCUCUUUUUAAUCACUAUCUCUUCGAGACUCUGUCGCUGUCCAUCAAAAUCGUCUGCCAAGCGGACGCCUCAGCGGUCAGCUCAUUUGAGGAGGCCUUGUUUCCAGUUUUCCAGGGUAUCCUGCAGCAGGACAUUACCGAGUUUAUGCCCUAUGUAUUCCAAAUGUUGUCGGUGCUGUUGGAGGUGCGCGAGGCGAGCGGUCCCAUACCGGAGCCCUAUUGGGCACUGUUCCCCUGCCUGCUAGCUCCACCUCUGUGGGAUCGCAGAGGCAAUGUGACGCCUUUGAUUCGCCUGCUGUCGACCUUCAUUAAACAGGGUUCCGCACAGAUUCAGGCCCUUGGCAAAUUGAAUGGCAUCCUUGGCAUAUUCCAAAAGAUGAUUGCAUCCAAGGCAAAUGAUCACGAAGGAUUCUAUCUGUUGCAGAAUUUGUUAUUCUAUUAUGAUGCCGCCGAGUUGCAGGCGAGCAUGAGGCAAAUCUUUGGGUUGCUCUUCCAGCGUCUGUCGCUAUCGAAGACAGCUAAAUAUCUGAACGGAAUCAUCGUGUUCUUCUGCUUCUAUGUGGUCAAAAUUGGCGCAAGUCCAUUGGUGCAGCUAAUUGAUGAGAUACAGCCGGGCAUGUUUGGCAUGCUGUUGGAGCGUGUCUUUAUUACGGAUAUGGCCAAGGUCAGCAAGGAUUUGGAACGUAAAAUGGUAGCUGUCGGAGUUAGCAAAAUGCUCACCGAAUGCCAAGAAUUGUUGUCGGGCCAAUAUGCAGCGUUUUGGCCACGUUUGCUUCACGCACUCAUCGAUCUAUUCGAGCGACCACCUGAAAAGUUGCCCUACUUGGAUGGAGAAGGUGCUGGAGGCGAUAGCAAUGCUGCUGUUGAUGCUGAACCCGGUUAUCAGGCGGCAUUUUCGCAGCUCUCCUUUGCCCAGCCGAAGCAAGUGGAUCAUUUGGCCGAAAUUGCCGAUGCUCGACAGUUCUUGGCCAACUCUUUGUCCAACUUCUCGCAAAGUCGACCAGGUGAAUUGUCCACAUUGCUGGCACCUUUGGCAGCGGAAAGCAAACAAAUACUACAGAAAUAUUGCGAUCAAGCGGGCGUACGUAUUGCUUAAAUCAUGGAUUUAUAUAUGUAUCAUACCUCGCAAACAAACACACUCAUCCAUACACACAUAUAUACACACACCAAUUAUUAAAUGUCAUACAAGAUUUGUUUAUAAGUGUAAUGAUUGUAAUCAUGUAAUCAAUUUCUAUACAUAAAUGUUAUGUUACGGGAAUAACUCGAAA